AUGGCUUGUUCGUCUUCUUUAACUUCUUGGGUUGCAAGAUCUGCACGUGCUUUUCAGCUAGAUGUGAUUUCAUGUAUUGCUUCUGACCUCAAGGAGAAAGGAGCACUUAGGAUGGGUUAUCUUCACUUUCUACAGGUGAUAUGGCAAAACAUUGACACAAUUAUCCAGGUGGAAAGACUUGUGGUGUCGCGUCCCUUCUAUAGUCUUGCUAUUCUUAUUUGCGUCAAACUCUUUACUGCUUCAUCUGGCUUUUAUAAGCUUAACACCGAUGUCACGUUUGAUUCCUCAAAAAAUAGAGGACAGGGGUGUGGAGUUCUUAGAGAUAGUGGGGGAAGGGUGGUAACAACCUUCCUGGAAGAUUUUGAGGAGGCCACAGUUGGUGAUGUGACGCUACUCAAAUUGAGAGCCAUGGCCCACUUUGUAGAGCAAGCAUAUAAUCACCUUGUAACCGAGGGAGAAAGCGACAUAAAAUUAAUCCUCGAAGGUGAUUGCUUGGAUGCCUUUGUCGCUUAUCAGAAGUACAAAAAAAGUUUGACUGAGAACAAGAAAAAGACAGAUAUAGGGAAGCCGAAACCAAAGACACCGACUCACUUUGUGCCCUUCUGCAGACGGAUACAUCAGGUAGAGACCCGAUGUUCCCAGUUUCGUGCCGUCCAUGUAAAAAGGACGCGCUACGCACUCGCAAAUUUGGAAUCAAAGCAUAGGGCUGACAAGGUCAAGAGGGGUGAGGAACUAUAUGUCAAAUAUAGGCAAAUAUAUUACGAGGAUUCGAGGAAUGCCAAGACAAUGGAGAUGUAG